CCAAAAGUCUGAAUAAGUUUUUUUUCCCUUCUGAAUUAGAGCCUUUGUGAAGAAGAUCGUUCGCGGUUGCUGUUGUACGUGUUGAAAGUGGUCGACCAUGUCGAAGGUGAGGUCGACCUAAUGUAGCAUUCACCGUCAUCUUCUCAAAUGCGUGAUUUCCACCGUCUAAUUUGAUAUAUUGUUGCGUGCAGAAUACCAUUCGGUCGACCUUUAUCUCAACCAGGUUGACCUGACGAGACAAUUGUUCGGAAUUGAAUUUAGGGCACAACACUUGGACUUUUGUACUUGCGAGGUAACGAAAUCAACCCAAUAGGUCGACCUAAUGUGUUUCAAGGUCGACCGUUUCUGUUUGUUUUGGUUGUUCAACCUGAAUGUCGACUUUGGCUUUGUUUGUAUGAUUAUGUUGUGCUUCAAAAGGUCGACCGCUCAAGCUAUCUAGUCGACCUAUCCGUUUUCGGUUUAAUAUUACACUUGCUUUUGUUGGUGAAUUGUUAUUUUCCUGCUGGAUAGGUCGACCUAGGAAGAUCAGAGGUCGACCUUAAAGGUUCUGGUAGUCAAAAUUUGUCUUCCAGGUCGACUAUAGAAAUUUGAAGUUGAAUUAUGAUUUGAAUUUUUCUUUAAAUUGUUUAGACGAUGACGCAUGUUGAGAGACUACAUCACCAUUUGGGUGAACUCAUGAAAGUGUUGAAAGUCACACAAGAGCAGCUGGUGGUGUGUCAAAAACAAGUCAAUGACUAUCAGAAGUCCAUUCGUGAUAGAGUGGAGCAAUUGUCAGUUCGAUUGACAGAUAUGACUGGGAUGUUGUGCACUCCACAUUUUAAGCGUUUGGGCCUAUUCAUUCUCAUUUUUUAUUCACCGAGGUCGACCUAUGAUGUUUCUGAGGUCGACCUAUGACGGCAAAAAUACGAGUUUUGGCCUUCUUCUUCGACUCAUUUGUGCGAAACUAACUGAGGUCGACCUAUGAUUCUUUUGAGGUCGACCUAUGAUGUUGUUUACUCAAAUUUUAAUGGGUUUGGGUUGACCCAUUCUCGUUAUUAAUUAACUGAGGUCGACCUAUGAUGUUUUGCACUCCAAUUUUGGCCUUCUUCGACACAUAUUUGUGCUUGAUUUCCUGAGUUCGACAUAUGGUGUGUAUUAGGUCGACCUAUGAUGUUUUAGAGGUUGACCUAACGUUGUUUUGGUUUAUCUAUACGUGUUGUGUUUAGGUCGACCUGUUUAUGGAGAGGUCGACCGAGUUUUUUUCAUUUCGAAAAUGUGACUAACGUGUAUUCUCGCUCGUUUGAUCGCAGGAUGUUUGGCAGCAAAAAGAAAAGAAAGUCCCAUAAAGUUGCUGCCUCAAGUUCGAAAUGAGAAGAUUUCAACCCCACUUUGUUCCAGACCAAUGAGCAAAGUGACAACUUUGAAGAAAGGAGAAUGCACAACCGCAAGGUGGCUCUUGGAAGGCCAUUGACGACGGAUGCGUUUUCUAAUUUCGAGAAUUACGGGUUUCUAGCACCAUUUGUCAAACAAGAGUGACUGAAGGUGAUAUAUCUGAAUGCACCAUACUAACCAAAAAUGGUACAGUACUUCUACAACAACAUCGUCUACCAGCGUAAUGCAAAUGGAUCCAUUCAUGCAUUUAAAACCUAUGUGAAUGGGGUGGAGAUGCGCAUCACCAAGAAUGCGUUGGCACAAGUACUAGAGGCUCCAAAAGAGGGGAAGAGAAUCAAUUCUUACACUGCUUGGAAUGAAACUCAUUUCUCGAGAACCAAGCAAAUCCAGACGGUAUGUGGUCUUGCUGAAGAGGAAUAUGCUCAGGAUCGCAGUAGGCCAACGAGUUACCACCUGACAGUUCAAGCCAGAGUUCUUCACCACAUGCUUUCCUACAACAUUCUGCCAAAGGGUGGACAUCGGGAGGCAGUCACCUACUUCGACAUGGAGCUCCUCACCAACCUACUGUUAGAUGAGAAGGUGAACUUGCCAUACUUGAUAUUUAACCACAUGCUUACCGUUGCAGAGAGUUCAAACAGGAAUCUCCCCUAUGGGAUGAUCCUGACUUUUCUAUUUGAGCAUUUUCAUGUGGAUUUAAGUGGUGAGGUGGGGUUAAGAAUCUCAAGACAGGAGUUCUAUAUAGUUUUAUCUAUGAAAAAGAUGAGCUUUGACCUCCGUAAUGGUGAGUAUGUCCGAAUAAACAAUGCUCAUGGUGCCCAUGGUGGUGAUGAUGAUGAUGAUCAUGAGGAUGAUGAUGGUGAGCAUGGAUGGCAUGUACGAGUACAUGGGUCAGAUUUCCAGUCAGAUGACUGGCAUAUACGACUACAUGGGGCAAAUGACCACCCAGAUGAGCAUAAUGCAGGUGACCGUGAAUGAGAUGCGAGAUGAGUGGCGAUCUUUCAGCGGAAGAUACAUGCAUCCCACCACAUCCGACUACCAUCAUGCUAGCAACACCAAUGAAGAAAAUGUGGAUGAGGGAGAGAGGGGACAGGAGUAGGAACUCGAAGAUUUUAGAUUGUGCGUUUUUAUUGUUAAGUGGUCAAAACGAUUGUUGAUUGUUAUUCUAUGGUUUUAGUUUUUUUUUUUAUGUGUGAACAAUUAUGAUUUGUGUUUUAUUGUAUUUCUUGUUAGUUAGUUUAGGCAUUAUGUAUGAAGUGAUGAAUCCUUGUUAUCAUUAUUUAUAGUUAUGAUGGUUUGAAACAUAAUUUGUACGAGCAAAAGAACCACACAAAUCGACAUACAUAAGCAAAAAAGACACGGGGCAUAGGUUGACUUUCUUGUAUUCGGUCGACCUCGUACCGGAUUAGGUCGACCUCGAAACCAACAUUUGAUAUUCAUUUUACGUCAAAUGAUGAUUGGACAAAUGGAUAGAACACCUCUCUUCUAUCUGGUCGACCUCUUUCUGUAAAUGGUCGAACAUGUUGUUAAUGACCGCCAUCAAGUGGGUGACCUAUAUACCUUUACGGUCGACCAUGUUGUUUCUGACGCCAAUGAAAUGGCAGACCGAGGUUUUAUUGUGGUCGACCAAAAAUAACAACUUAAACUACGUACGGUUGACCAGAUGAUCUUUGAGGUCGACCGCGAUGCUUUCUCGUGGUGCCCAAAUUAGUCAAUUCGGUCGACCGAAAAAUCCAUGUUACGUUACGGUGACAUGCAUGUCACCGUAGACAUACUCUAAAAGUAUUACCGUAACUCUUAGACUUUCGGAUUCAAUUUCUUUUUCAGAAUUAUUAGAGUAACAUGAUUAUAUAAUAUCACGUAAAAUUCUUUUGUCAUCUCCGUCGUCAUUCAAUUUUAUAGAUUACCUUCACUAAAUUGAUGUCCCCUAGUGGUAGGGGUGGACAUUCGAUUGGUUCGGUUCAAACCAAACCGAAAUAAUGUAUACCGGGUUUUCGAGUUCCAUCAAACCUCAAACCGAAUUCGAACUGAAUUAUAAUUCGGUUCGGUUUGGUUUUGUAUGAAAAACCGAACUUGUGAGGUUAGCUUGUAUUUUUUCUCCCCUAAUGUAAACAAUAAAUAUGCAAUUAAAUGCAUCAUCAAUGAUAAAAUCAAACAUUUCAACACAUAAGUCAUAAAACACUAACAUAAUUCAAAUAUUUAAGUCUCAUAAUAAGUACAAACAUAAAAAUCCACCAUUUGAAACUUGCAAUUAUAGUAAUUCGGAAAAUCGGUUCGGAAUUCGAAAAUUCGGUUCGGUCGAAAGGACCUUGAUUUCCGAAAUAUACCAUUUUCUCUUCCGAAUUCCGAACCGAAUUAAUGUUUUACCGAACCGUAUGCCAACCCCUACCUAGAUAAUUUUUUUUGGUUGCUUUUUUGCAUGCUUUCUCGAUAUUGGAAAAAGUUUAAUCAUAUCAUUUGGCCCUUAUCCUCUAAAUAACAGUAGUCUAGCAAA